UCCAGCUUCUCCGGGGAGUGCAGGGCGCACACAGGGUUAAGUCCGUUCCCUCUCUGGUAGGAGGGAGAGGAGGGGGAGGGAAAAAGCAGCUUACUGUCUCGGGCUGGGUACCUUAUAGUUAGUUGUACGUUCGAAACCUGUCGCCGUCACUUGCGAGUUUGGCACCAUCCAUUGUCACCGCGGAGGAACCAGCGCGCGGGGAUAAUAAGCUUGCCUGCCACCGUCGCGCCGGUCCCAGGUGCGCCUCCGGUCCUCCGUCCCGGGCGGCCAGCGGCGACCAGGCGGCACCUCCGCGUCCGCCGCCGUGUCCACCGAGCCCCGAGACCGGGGUGAUAGUUCUCAACGAUGGGCAGGAGGGACCUCGGCGGCGACCCCUAAAACAAUACCAUGCCCCGGGAGCCCCGCUGCUGCCGCGCCAGCUUCUUCCCUUUCCACCUCCCUGACCCUGUCGGAUUCGGAUGAGCCGAUUGCGAGGAGAAGACGCGGCCACCAGAUUGCAGAUUGAACUCAACCAAAAAGUUCAUAGGCUAAUCAAGGCUGGCCUGACCUACAAGAGAAGACAGGAGUUCUGCCUGCCCACUUGGGCUUGUGUUGACACCACCGGCCACUUGGCACCACCCAUUGCCUGUGUGGAAAAUUCUCCCUAUUGAAUUUUUUUUGCACAUGGAGGACAACAGCAAAGAGUGCAACACAGGCUGAUAAGACCAGAGAUAGCAGGAAGAUUAUUUUACCAUAUAGUCUCCGAACUUUCCCUGUAGCUGGAGUUCUGGACUUGGACAGAACCCUGUCCCAUUGUUUUGAUUUUGCUGUCUUGUUUUUUUCUUUUUCUUUUCCUGACCACAUUGGAUUUUAUUUCUGUACUUCAGAAAUGGGCCUACAGACCACAAGGUGGCCCAGCCAUGGGGCUUUUUUCCUGAAGUUUUGGCUUAUAAUUUCCCUGGGGCUCUACUCACAGGUCUCCAAACUCCUGGCCUGCCCUAGCGUGUGCCGCUGCGACAGGAACUUUGUCUACUGUAAUGAGCGUAGCUUGACCUCAGUGCCUCUUGGGAUCCCGGAGGGCGUAACCGUACUCUACCUCCACAACAACCAAAUUAAUAAUGCUGGAUUUCCUGCAGAACUGCACAAUGUACAGUCGGUGCACACAGUCUACCUGUAUGGCAACCAACUGGACGAAUUCCCCAUGAACCUUCCCAAGAAUGUCAGAGUUCUUCAUUUGCAGGAAAACAAUAUUCAGACCAUUUCACGGGCUGCUCUUGCCCAGCUCUUGAAACUUGAAGAGCUACACCUGGAUGACAACUCUAUCUCCACAGUGGGGGUGGAAGACGGGGCCUUCCGCGAGGCUGUUAGCCUCAAAUUGUUGUUUCUGUCUAAGAAUCAUCUGAGCAGUGUACCUGUUGGGCUUCCUGUGGAUUUGCAAGAGCUGAGAGUGGAUGAGAACCGAAUUGCUGUCAUAUCAGACAUGGCCUUCCAGAAUCUCACGAGCUUGGAGCGUUUGAUUGUGGACGGGAACCUCCUGACCAACAAGGGCAUUGCUGAGGGCACCUUCAGCCAUCUCACCAAGCUCAAGGAAUUUUCCAUCGUACGUAAUUCACUCUCCCACCCCCCUCCUGACCUCCCAGGUACACAUCUGAUCAGGCUCUAUUUACAGGACAACCAGAUAAACCACAUCCCUUUGACAGCCUUCUCAAACCUCCGUAAGCUGGAAAGGCUGGAUAUCUCCAACAACCAACUGCGAAUGCUGACUCAAGGGGUCUUUGAUAAUCUCUCAAACCUGAAGCAGCUCACGGCUCGGAAUAACCCUUGGUUUUGUGAUUGCAGUAUCAAAUGGGUCACGGAAUGGCUCAAAUAUAUCCCUUCAUCUCUCAACGUGCGUGGUUUCAUGUGCCAAGGUCCUGAACAAGUCCGGGGAAUGGCCGUCAGGGAGUUGAAUAUGAAUCUUUUGUCGUGUCCCACCACGACCCCCGGCCUGCCUGUCUUCACCCCAGCCCCAAGUACAGCCUCCCCAACCACCCAGCCUCCCACUCUCUCAGUUCCAAUCCCUAGCAAAAGCUACACACCUCCAACUCCUACCACAUCGAAACUUCCCACAAUUCCUGACUGGGAUGGCAGAGAAAGGGUGACCCCACCCAUUUCUGAGCGGAUCCAGCUCUCUAUCCAUUUUGUGAAUGAUACUUCCAUUCAAGUCAGCUGGCUGUCGCUCUUCACCGUGAUGGCAUACAAACUCACCUGGGUGAAAAUGGGCCAUAGUUUAGUAGGGGGCAUCGUUCAGGAGCGCAUCGUCAGUGGUGAGAAGCAGCACCUGAGCCUGGUAAAUCUAGAGCCCAGGUCCACCUAUCGGAUUUGUUUGGUGCCACUGGAUGCUUUUAACUACCGUGCAGUGGAAGAUACCAUUUGUUCCGAGGCCACCACUCAUGCCUCCUAUCUGAACAACGGCAGCAACACAGCUUCCAGCCAUGAGCAGACAACUUCCCACAGCAUGGGCUCCCCUUUUCUGCUGGCCGGCUUGAUUGGGGGAGCGGUGAUAUUUGUGCUCGUGGUCCUGCUCAGCAUCUUUUGCUGGCAUAUGCACAAAAAGGGGCGCUACACUUCUCAGAAGUGGAAAUACAACCGGGGCCGGCGGAAAGAUGACUAUUGCGAGGCAGGCACCAAGAAGGACAACUCCAUCCUGGAGAUGACAGAAACCAGUUUUCAGAUCGUCUCCUUAAAUAACGAUCAGCUCCUUAAAGGAGAUUUCAGACUGCAACCCAUUUACACCCCAAAUGGGGGCAUUAAUUACACAGACUGCCAUAUCCCCAACAACAUGCGAUACUGCAACAGCAGCGUGCCAGACCUGGAGCACUGCCAUACGUGACAGCCAGAGGCCCAGUGUCACAAGGCAGAUGAUAAGACUCUCGGGAACACACACGUGUGUGCACAUAAAGACACACAAAUUACAUUUGAUAAAUGUUACACAGAUGCAUUUGUGCAUUUGAAUACUCUGUAAUUUAUACGGUGUACUAUAUAAUGGGAUUUAAAAAAAAGUGCUAUCUUUUCUAUUUCAAGUUAAUUACAAACAGUUUUGUAACUCUUUGCUUUUUAAAUCUGAAAAAAAUAGUUGCUGAAGUACUGUACAGGGUUGUACAAUGAGAACCCAACGCCAAGGCAAAAGAACGAGUGAUUCUUCCUUAAGAUGCACGCCAACCACUUUGCUGUGGAAGCUGCCACAAUAAAUUCCUGGUGGUCAGAUGAAAGGGCAGAUUAAAAUGGACUCAUCAGGGUAAGAUGAAUAAUGUGAGUAAAAAGAGAAAUGGCCCAGAUAUUUUCAUGCUAUUUCUAUACCUCCUGGUCAGGAAGACAAGUAAAAAAAUUUAUCAUUUAAGAGUGGAGGUUGUUACCCUGAUUUGACCCUGUGCAAGAAAUGCUGACAGCAUCAAGAGGAAGCCAGUUCCCGUGAGAUAAGUUAACCCAGGCUGACAGAAUCAAGGAAAUUGAGAUGAGAUUUGAAAAGACCUGAAAACCCAGGGGUUGGCUUUCUGACUGGGAACUUAAGAAAUCCCUCUUCAUGCUUCCCUCGCCCUAUGUGAUAACACAGUUAGAGACUUGAGUCUGAUUUCAGUCAUCUUCAGGGACCGGUCUGAUGUCGUAGCAAGAAAACUCCCUUUAAAAGUGUUACUGUUCAAAUUGUAUGUCAGGUUGAAUCACAUUCAACAGAGAUAUAUUCUAGAAUACUUUUUUUAGAAGAGGCUAAUAAAAUAAAGGGAAGAAUUAUAUUGAAUGGAAUUAUUUUUGAUAAUGAGAAUUAUUUCAGUAGAUUCACUGAGGCUAUGUCAACAUGAUAUUUAGACCAACAAGGGAUUAAUGUUUGGAAAAUACAACCAUGACUUAUUUUAAAAUUAUUGAUAGUACUUAGACAAAAACGACUGAUCAGUGGUUCUGUUAUACUAUGUCAACUGAUUUUGUUAGUAUCAUGUUGAAAUAGCUUGAAUUAAUACCUUUAUCCCCUCACAAAUUCCUGUCUUCCAAUCAUCUCCCAUAUAUUUUCAUAAUUAGUUGUUUAUGCCACCUUUACUUUUCCUCCCUCUGCUCAGUAUUUCAAGUGAAAUGAUGGAUCCCAGUCUUGGCUGCACAAAAUAUCUAGAUGUACCUCUACCUUUUUAAAUGCAUACUAAUUUCCACUGCUAAUAAUUCUUAAAGACACAUCAAAACUGGCCAAAAUAAUGAAGUUUUUAAACAACGAUACCAGAUUUCAUCCUUGGUCUGACUUUGAUCCUGUUCCACUUUUGAAAUUUCAUUUGUUCCUUUUCAAUUGUGGAUGUGCCUCUACUUUGGGGAUUGUGGAGGGAUAAUCAAUCUUAUAUUAGCAAGACAACCGAAGAAAAAUGAACAAGUCAGUGGGUGAAGGCUUGUUCUCCUAAUGCUAGCAGAGCAGGGCAUAGAGCAGAGGGCAUAGAGAUGAGAGGGAUGUCCGUGCUUUAUUCUAGAUCUUUCUGAAGCAACAUCCAUCUUCAGAAAACACAUAUAAUUUACUCUAACCCUUGCCAUCCCUUAGAUAGAGAAGGGCUAUAGAUCAUAUACAUUAUCUAAAACUACUCUCUUGGAAAAUUCUUUCAAAGAUCAGAUUUAGACAUUUCAUCCUGUGCUGCAUAUUUCCUGUACCAAUGGCCAUUAUAUUAGGGACCAUGACAUGAAUGUCACAAUCAUCUUACUCUCGCUCUCUUUCUCUCUUUAAGCAAAAUAAAACUGUGAUGUGUCUUCUCUGUAAAAGUUUAGGUAUAAAAUGCUAUGCAACUUUUUCUUUAUAGUAAGAGCUUUAUUUUCUUUAAUAAUAUACCCCAACUUAUAUGUUUUAAUCUCCCUUGUCCCUCAGAUUAAGCAGAAAAUGUAACUGAAGCUAUAAUGUUGUAGACAAGAAUUGAAACUGUGCAGUCAAUAGAGCUGAACUUAGCUGCAAAUUAAUUUAAAGUAAUUCUAAAAUGAAUCGUUUCCAUGUUAGUCUAUUAACUAGAGGGUUUUGGCUGUUGUUUUUAUAAAGCUAGCUCCACACAGUGAAGGGAAAAGACAAUCUGGAAUGGUGACCAGUGCAGCAGAAAGCCAUCUAAAAUCAAGACUAUGAUAUGGGGUUCUGUGUACUUUAGCUGGAUAAUUCCCUUCCGCUGUCCUCUUCCCCUUGGCCGUGUAGAUAAAACUGUGUGGUCAAAUGAUGGUA